GGCGGUCUGUUGUCAACAUUUUUGCAGCGCUUCGCAGUGAAGGUUAGUAGGGUAGCCUGCUAGCUAGCUAAUGUCAACUUUAUAAAGUUUAGGUAGCUAGAUACAUAGUUUGUGUUGAUAAACUGUGUAGCUACGUUUUCAAAGAUAAUGUCAACAUUGCUGCGGACUUCGUGAUAACUUAGAUGACCAACUUGACCUCAUUUGGCUAUCAGAUUUAGCUCGCAUGCUAACUGAUAAGCUAGCGGCUAAAGCUACUAGUUAGCUGGCCAAAGAGCGCUGACCUGCAAGUUACUCCUCAGCAGCUGUUAGUGCUACCAUGGCCUCUUCGGGGUUUCGGGGUGAUGUUUCCCAGGUGCGUGGCGGCCGUGACCCGGUCUUCUCUGAGGCCAUCAACCAGAAGAUGCGUGUCCCGGACCGGCUGAGAGUGGGGCCAGGCAUGGGACAGGGAGGGGAAGAGGCGAGGCAGGGGCGUGCUGAGCGUCCCGCUUCCUAUAGCAUGCACAUCCCAGACAGGCUGUCUCUCACAGAUGCCCCGGACAUGAGCCCCCGUCCACUGUUCACGCCAUCCAAGCACAACUCAGCUCUCCCCCUGGGGCUUGCAUGGGAGGCACAGCAGCAAGGUGCCUGGGACAGAGACCCCUACAUGAGGGAACCAGUGCAGAGUCCCCUGCGGAGGUCCUACAGUGACCAGGCUUUUGGCAGGAGUGACACUGACAUCUCCAACUCCAAACAGGCACUGCACACCCCCACCUUUCGCUGCAGUGCAGGACGCCCCCCUAAGUGCUCCUCUGCUGCUGCAAACCCCCUGCCCAUGCCCCUGGGGCUCCCUGCCAUCCCACCCAGCCACCUGUCCCCAACGACCAUGCUACAGGCCGCCAAGGAACUGGGCCAGCAGGCCUCACAGCGCCUCCUACAGACUGUCACACAGAAAUACAGGUUCAGUUAUCCUGAACACCCAACGACUGCUGUGGUUGAGGCACCCCCUGUGUACGUCGAACCAGCCAGGAAAAGUGCCAUGCAGGACUCCUGGAUGAGCCCAGAUGAUGAGGGAAGUGCCGCAGCUGUGGAGUUCAUCGUACUCAGGAGACAGGUCGCAGUUGUAAAUGAGAACUGGCCAACCUGGUUAAUUAAAGGUGGUGAAGAUGAGUCGUCGCCUGGCGGGUCUGGAAAGGCAGAACGCUGAAUGCAGACAGACGGAGCUGGUGCUCUUCUCCCUGCUCCUUUCUGCCUGCCUGCUCAACGGAUGGCUCUGGAUACGCAGAUAACAGACACACGUCAUUCAAACAGCCCACUCAUCUGCACUACAACCCUAGGUCCACUCCAACCAGCUCCUUUGCUCAACUCUGCAUUACACAUCCACUCAGCUGGGUAUUCCAGUGCACUUAUUUACACACACGUUGUUGUUAGAUGCUGAGCACCUAUCGUUUAAAAUGACAUCUCUUCCCUCAUCUCCUUUUCCUUCAAGGCCAGGGGAGGAAAGGAAGCUGUUUGGACCACUUAAGUAGGGGAAGUCCAUCCAUUUUUACAUGUGGCCUUAUUUUCACUCUUUCUGUUCUUGUAGUUGAUUCCCAAACUUUUAAUUGUUUUCUUUGUUUACUUACAGAGAAAAUUGGUUGUCAUCACUUGCAAUAUCCAAAUAUGUCUAAAGCAUAUUAGAAAACACUCUAAAACACUCCACAUUACAUAAGAAUCCCAUUCUGAAUGUCUCUUUACUCAGUUUCAAAAAAAAGUCCACUGUGCCAUAAAUCCAUGUUUGAAUAGUUCUGUUUACAACAAAAAUAUGGAUUUAUUGGGACAGUGAAAUAAAUAAAAAUUGAGAGCGGAAACAUAAUUUAGAAUGGGAUUUUGACGUGAUAUGAAAUGUCAAUUUUCUCCAACGAAACGUAUAUAAUAAACAAACUGUCGAUCAACUACAAGCACAGAAAGUGAAAAUAAGUAAUUUAAAUGUAAAAAUCAGGGAACUUCCCCUUUAUUAAGUAGGGCCUUUGGACUGAGGAUCGAAUGAGGGUGUUGAGAGUUAGUGUGCAAAGGUAAAAAAAUAAAUAAAUGACAAUGUAUUGUCAAGGUGGAGGCUGGCCAAUUUCAACAUAAUCAGCGAUUGAUCCAUGCAUGAAGGAUUGGCCGUCUGUGACCUGGACAGCUAGUGUUUACCACGGCUGGAGGAGGUGAUGGUGUUACUGCUGAAGCUCUGCUACAUUCUGGUGGCUAGGUUAGAUAAUCAGAUUCAUGUCAUAGGUCUGUCCAAACACAACUUGUAUAUACUUUUAACAUUUGAAUGUAGUUGGUAGUCUCUUCCCAUAGCCACUGUAUCUGGGGGUGGAUCGCCACAAGUCAGUUGGUAACUGGUCUGAAGUAUCUAGUAAACUAUUAUGGCAUGAUUUACUUGGAACUCUUCAGACCUAAAGAAGCCUAAAUUGUAAUCAGUUGCAGACAGUACAUAGGUAAUAAGGUUCAUCUGUAAGACCUACACUAUAUAUACAAAAGUAUGUGGACACCCCUUCAAACUAUUUCAGCCACACCCAUUGCUGACAGGUGUAUAUAAUUGAGCACACAGCCAUGUAAUCUCCAUAGACAAACAUACUGAGGACAGACGUAAAAAUCGUCAGUCCUCGGUUGCAACACUCACUACAGAGUUCCAAACUGCCUCUGGAAGCAACGUCAACACAAGAACUGUUCGUCAGGAGCUUCAUGAAAUGGGUUUCCAUGGCCGAGCAGCCACACAAGCCUAAGAUCAUCACCAUGCGCAAUGCUAAGCGUCAGCUGGAGUGGUGUAAAGCUCGCCGACAUUGGAGUCUGGAGCAGUGGAAACGCGUUCUAUGGAGUGAUGAAUCACACUUCACCAUCUGGCAUACCGACAGACUAAUCUGGGUUUGGCGGAUGCCAGGAGAACGCUACCUGCCCGACUGCAUAGUGCAAACUGUAAAGUUUGGAGUAAUAGUCUGGGGCUGUUUUUCAUGGUUCGGGCUAGGCCCCUUAGUUCCAGUAAAGGGAAAUCUUAACGCUAAAGCAUACAAUGACAUUCUAGACAAUUCUAGGCUUCCAACUUUGUGGCAACAGUUUGGGGAAGGCCCUUUCCUGAUUCAUUAUGACAAUGCCCCCGUGCACAAAGCGAGGUCCAUACAGAAAUGGUUUGUCGAUUGGUGUGGAAGAACUUUACUGGCCUGCAUUGAGCCCUGACCAACCACAUCGAACACCUUUGGAAUGAAUUGGAACGCCGACUGCGAGCCAAGCAUAAUCGCCCAACAUCAGUGCCUGACCUAACUAAUGCCCGAAUGGAAGAAUGUCCCUGCAGCAGUGUUCCAACAUCUAGUGGAAAGCCUUCCCAGAAGAGUGGAGGCUGUUACAGUAGCAAAGGGGGGACCAACUCCAUAUUAAUGCCCAUGAUUUUGGAAUGAGAUGUUCAACGAGCAGGUCUCCACAUACUUUUGGUCAUGUAGUUUAUAUUUAAUCAAGACUUCUGUGGCUUGGAACUUAAGUUUAUCCAAUGAAAUUAUAUAUGCAGUCAUGUUUUUCACAGAAGUCAAAUUAUGUUAAUCACAAUGAAUGUACGUGUUGCACAUAUUUAUUGCAUGGGCUUUAUUUUUCCAUUUAAGUUGCACUGGCUUUUCUUGUACAUGUAUUUAAUAAAUUAGAUUUGAUAUGUUGA